ACUUCGGCUUCCUGAAGGAAGCACUUUUGCUCUAUUCGUCAGUUUUUAUUUGCUCUGGGGCUUAAAAUGAACCCAUGCACUUAAUUUUGACUUUGCAGGUUGAGGAGACAAAGGUUGAGAGUAUUAAAAGAGAUAAGGCGGCAACAGAGAAGUUGCUACAAGAAACAAUCGAAAGAAAUCAAACUGAACUUGCAGCUCAGAAGGAGUUCUACACAAAUGCUCUUAAUGCAGCAAAAGAGGCCGAAGCAUUAGCUGAAUCAAGAGUCAACACAGAAGCCAAAGUUGAGCUUGAGAGCCGCUUAAGAGAAGCCUGCGAAAAAGAAAAUAUGCUGAUUAAUACAAUCGAGGAGUUGAGGAAUGCUCUUACCAGACAAGAACAGGAGGCUGCUUUCGUGGAAGAACGGUUAAAAAGGGAUCAUGAUGAUCUUCAAAAGCGGUAUCAGGCCAGUGAACUUCGGUAUAAUGAACUGGUUACACAAGUUCCUGAGUCGACAAGGCCACUCUUAAGGCAAAUUGAAGCCAUGCAGGUAUUUGUGCUUCCACAGAUUUUUCCCUUCUUGGCGACGCUCGGUUGCGAAAUGACCGGCCAAGCCAUACUGAGCCCAAGCCGCUGCUGUUGCGCCUCUCCCCUCGAUGUACCAAGCUCCAUAGGUGGAGGAGCAGCGAGGGGCGUCACUGGGACAGAGGUGGAGGAGCACGGAUUCAGCGCCGACUUACUUCUCGACGAGUAA